AUUCAGUGGGACAGCUCAGAUGAGAGAUGAUCUUUCUACUGGACUCAGAGCUUUGAACAGGUCCCAGAAGAGCCUCCGAGGGCAAUGGGGACAUCUGUGCCAUUUCUGGUCACCCGAGGUAUCCACUUUCUCCAUGGAAGCUGCAUACGAAACGUGGAACUAAGAAGAGUGCCAGGCCCGUGGGUGCUCAGCAGAAUGUCGCUGAACGCCUGGGAGUGGGAGGAUGAGGACCCGGUGAGCAUGGGGCCCAUGUCCUCCAUGGCCAGCUUUUACCAGUCUGGGAGUGAGUGUGAUGUGGAGGAGUACCUGAAGGUCAAAGCCCAAGCCCAGGAGUCAGACUCUGAGCACCCGUGCAGCAGCGAGUCCUCAUUUGGGCUUGCAAGCACCUUCAACUCCGAUGUGCCCCAGGCUGUCCCCUGCAAGUUCAUCAUCUCACUGGCCUUCCCAGUGAACACUGGUUAUAAAGGAAAAUAUACAGGUUUGAUGGAAAAACAUAAGAAACACCCUAAAAUGGACAAACCUGCUGCAAAGUUUCGCCGUUACUACCACAUUGAGUAUUUCCUUCUGCCAGAUGAUGCUGAGCCUAGAAAGGUUGACAUGGUGCUGUUUCCCCUGGUGGCCAAAGUGUUCCUGGAUUCAGGAGUAAAGACAGUGAGGCCGUGGCAUGAAGGGGACAAAGUCUGGGUGUCAUGGACCCAAACUUUUAACAUCAACGUGACGAAGGAAUUACUCAAGAAAAUAAAUUUUCACAAAAUAACCUUGAAGGUCUGGGACACAAAGGACAAGGUUUCAAGAAAAGUCCGGUAUUACCGGUUAAAGAAUACUGGGUAUUCCGAAGAUAUGGGAUCUUUCGAAGAAGUGAAAAGUUUGGUUUUAAAUCAGAGAAGAUUGUCUGCACAGGCCCCACACAUCAAAGAGGAGUGGAACCAGGAGGAUGCACGAGAUAAAGCAGAAAAAGCAGGAAAACACAUCAAGUCUUUGCGUGCGGAGUUUGAAACUUUUCCCAAGAUCCCCGAGGGAGAUGAGAAGGUACUCAGAAUGGAAGAACUUGCCACAGUUCGAUGGAGUAUUUCAAGAGAAACAGCUCUUUCUUUGGGAGCAGCAGUCAGCAUGGAGAUGGAAGGAGAAGAUCAUCAUGAGAGAUCAUCAUUUAGCAGCUUAACAAACAUGUUAGAAAAGCAAAAAUUUCAAAUUAAAAGGAAAGACUCAGAGGGGAGAAAGAAGAGCCAGAAGAGAGGGAAGAAAUCUCAAACAGAGGAGGAAACUGACCUCAAGAUGGGAGGAGAUUGGAAGCAUGGUACCUUCUCCACCGAGCUGGCAGUGAUGCCACUCCUUGCAGGAUGGCAAACUAUUGUGAGUCGUGGUAGGGAGAAGUCUGCCAGCAUUUUAGAUUGUUUUUUGACUUUAAAAACAGAAGGUCCUAUCAUGACUGAGGAGCAAAAGCAGGACUUAAAUCCCUUGACCAUAAAGAUCAAGUGUGUUUCCUGCCUUCCGUCACAACCUGUUCCCUUCCGUGAACUAGAGAGGCUGUGCAUCCCUGUGUACUGCAAGUACCAGUUCUUUAAGACUCCGGUUCACAGAACGGAGGGGCGGCCCCAUGGAAUCCACAUCCAUUUCCAGGACAUCAAUGUCAUCUUUCUUGGGGCAAUGCAGCCCAGUGACCUGAGGGAAUACCUGGAGGGGCCUCCCAUGGUGGUGCAAGUUCAUGACAGGGACCGCAAGUUAGAGGAGUAUUCCCGGAAGCCCACCCUGUUUGGGGAUGACCCCUUGGAUGCAUACCUCAACCUCCAGUCCCUCAUCUCUCCAGAAGAGACAGAGAGCAACCCCUUUGAAUCCCAUAACAAGAUAUGGGACCCUUAUGGGGUUGCCCAGGUCAGUUUUGCUGACCUUCUCCUCGGCCAGAAGUACUUGAACUUGGUUGUCCCCAUCCACAGCUGUGAACCCAAGCCCAAACACCGUGGCCAGGAUGGCAAGAGCAGGAAGGUUGUGGGGUUUCGGGUCCCCACAGAUGGCUUCCAGCGCAAUCCAAUGCCCAUGGGUAACUACCUUGAGGCCAACUCUCUGCUCAAGAUGCAGGUGGACAUCGCUGUGCCGCUGCAGGCCAGGGCUGAAGCCCCUGACCCAGAGCUUUCAGGUACCCAGUUUGGCCGCAUCAUUUUCGUGUUUGACUCUAAGAAGAUCUCCCUCCUCUACGGCCUGCUGCAGGACAUCACCAUGAUCAAUGCCAAGGCCCUUGAUCUGGAGGCCCACCCUAUCAGGAACAUCCAGCAAAUCCUUUCAGCCUUUAAGAUGCGGGUGAAGAUCCAGGAAAGGCAGGACCUGGAUGUGCUCACUGGCUUCCACCUGCUGGAUGGGAAACUCCACCUUCUCAUUCUGGAGGGCUUGGCUGACCAAGGCUUGAAGCAGCUAUGGGACAGCCAUCAAAGCCGAAUCACCAGGGCAGAGCCCGGCAAACACAAGGUGCUCUACAACUCGGCGCUACGGUUCCGCCACCGCCUCUACGCCGACCUGGAGACGGUCCUGUACCAGGUGCACCUCUUCAAGCCGCUGUCGCAGCUCAUGAAGCACUCGGCGCUCUACAUCCGCAACAGUGUUCUGCAGAAGGCCUUCCAGGCCCUGACCAGGAUCUACUCCAUCUGCCAUCACAGCACCAAGCUCAGGGAGGUGAUCGCGAGAGGCCUGCUGCCAUCCUCCGCCAUGGUCAAAGACUUGAGCCAAGAGCUAGGGCUGCCCAUUUCGCAGGACGAUCUCGCAGAUGGAAAACUGAUGGUCUUGCCGUCUCAGCCCGCCCCUUGUCCUGAGCGCUUCUUAAGUCGGAAAUCCACACUGGCUUACGAGAUCCAGGCCCACAGGGACAAGUAUCUGCGGUGGCGGAACACCAUGGUGCUCAAGAGCAAAGGCCAGGAGCCCAGCCUCAUCCAGAAAAAUAUUACUGGAGCCUACCAGCUUGGCAAGAAGCCUUCCAAGUCUGUGGUGAAGGUGAUCCGAAUUUCAGCCCCGGCCAAAGACGCGGUUUAUAACUACAGUAUCCAGACCCUGAAUUCCACAGAGCUUGCUAAGAAGGAGCUGUAUCGAGAGAUGGCCAAGGAGCCAAGGAAGAGAUUCACGUACUCCCAGAAGUACCUCUCGGCCAUGGUGGAGCCUCAGGACUCUGAGGAGGAGGAGAAGAAAGCCAAGAAGAGAUCCCGCCAGGCCUGGCUCACAGCCAAUGGAUUCCAACUGACAGGUCUUCACAGAAGCCCGGAAAGCGACUGUCACCUGAGGCUGCCUCCCGUCGGCACCGUCCCAGAGCUAAAAGAGGAGUGGAGGGAAAAUGCCGGGUUUGCUGCCAUGCUGGAUCGAGAGCGGUGGGGCUGGGACCGGCGCCACCAGGACUUCGACUUGUAUAGGCAGCCCCCACUUUUCCUGGAGCUGCCCCCUCCUCCAGCGCCGAGGCCUGCGACAGUUUGUAGGCUGUUUCUUGGAGAAUGCAGUCUACAAGAACGUGCGGCCUAG